AACCACCAAGCACAUAUAUACAUAUCUUUCUUCUUAUAGUACUGCGAAAGGAAAGGAAAAGGAAAAGAAUGGAGAAAAGUAGAGUUUCAGUGGUGGUGAUGAUUUGUUUAGUGGUGGGGGUUUUACUUAUAGAACCAACAGCAGCUGAUUUUAACGCCAUAGUAUUCGGGGUCUGCUAUGGACCUUGCUAUGUGCUCUGCCGCAUUCGACCGGGAACCUCCAAUAUAACUUGCGCUCUCAAAUGCCUCACAAGUUGCAUCAUUAAGAAAUCUAAUACAGUCGGCACCGUCGGAGACACCCAAUCGUUUUGCCACCUUGGUUGUGCUUCCGCCAUGUGUUCCAACUUAAGCUCCGAUAAUGAUCCUGCUACAAAGGCAGUUGAAAGCUGUGUGGGUGGUUGCUCAGAGACAUGCGCCAAGAGGAGCUGAUGAAGACGGCAUUAAAGAGAUAAUAGUGAAUGAAUAAGAGCUGAUCAAGUUCUUUUAAAAAAAAUUAGAACACCUGUCAAUGUUCUAUUAGCUGCCAACAAAAUUCAACGGCGUUAGCCAAAUACCUAAAAAAGUACCAACUUAGUUAACAUUUUCUAAAUUCAAAA